GCAGAGAAAAAGCAAAGAAAGAAAAGAAAAACAUAAAAAUAAAAAAAUAAAAAAGAAGAAAGAAAAAGCAAAGCAAUAAAGAAAGAAGAGAAAAGAGAGAGAAAGGAAGAAACAAAGACAAAGGCCUUCUGAAAACUCCUCCAUGAUUAUUCAAAUUCUCUCUCAAAAAACAAAAAGGUACAGGACCUGCUGGAUUUUUCCUCUCUUCUAGUUCUACUACUUAAUCAAGUGUAGAAGGAACCUCUCAAAGUUUCAAGUUCUACAAAUUAAGAAGACUCUUUGAUUUCAAGCAAGAGAGAUAGAGAAAUUAGACGGCAAGGCAAUGAAUAGAGGUGUUUUGCAGAGCUCGCCGGUGCAACAAAUGAUGGCGGCCGGAAACCCUAACUGGUGGAACAUCAAUAACAUGAGGCCGCAACAAACUACCAAUCAGCCUUCUUCAGCUCUUUUGCCUCCUCCAAAUCUCUUCCCACAAUUUGCACCACUUCCCACUUCUUCUUCUUCUUCAUCAAAUUCUUCUUCUUCACUUCCUGUUCCUUCUUCUUGGCAUGACAACCAAGACCUUCCUGAGUCUUGGAGCCAACUACUCCUGGGUGGAUUGGUAGGUGAAGAAGAUAAGAGUGGUAUGUUGAGCCUGCAGUUUCUUAAUCAGGUUAGGAAGUUGGAGAAUUGGGAAGACCAAAUGCUAAGCGGCCAAGGCCACCAGACACCAAAUCCAAAUAACAACAACAAUAAUAACAAUAAUGCUUCUUCUCAUGUCUCUGUUAAUGUUGUUGACGUGAAGCAAGAACACUCCCCAACUAGCUAUGUCUAUGGAAAUGGAAAUGAUCAAGAUCAUCACCAUCAAUUUCAGACCUCAAAACCACCCACAUCUGCUGCUGCUUGGUCUCAUCAUCAAAUAAUGGCUUCUUCUGCUGCUUCUAAUUCAUCUCCAAAGUCAUCAUGUGUCACCAGCUUCAGCAGCAACAUGUUGGAUUUUUCUAACACCAACAACCACUCUGAUCAUGUUAGACAUCCUCCUCCUGAUCGAUCCUCUGAGUGUAACAGCACUGCAACUGGUGGGGCGCCAUUGAAGAAAGCUAGGGUUCAAGCUUCUUCAACCCAAUCUACCUUCAAGGUGAGGAAGGAAAAAUUAGGAGACAGAAUUACAGCUCUGCACCAGCUAGUUUCCCCCUUUGGGAAGACUGACACGGCCUCUGUCUUGUUAGAAGCUAUUGGGUACAUCAGAUUCCUUCAGAGUCAAAUUGAGGCUCUCAGUUUACCUUACUUGGGCAGUGGAUCUGGAAACAUGCGGCAGCAACAGUCAGUUCAUGGAGAGAGGAAUUGCAUGUUUCCUGAAGACCCUGGUCAGCUGCUGAAUGACAGCUGCAUGAAGCGGAAAGGAGCUUCUGAUCAUCAGCAGGAUUGCAAUGAGGAGCCAAGGAAGGACCUGAGGAGUAGGGGGCUGUGUUUGGUUCCAGUGUCAUGCACACUUCAAGUUGGGAGCGACAAUGGAGCCGAUUAUUGGGCUCCGGCUCUCGGCGGCGGUUUCCGAUAAGCUAGGGCAAAUGCAGCGGCAGCACAUACAUAGAUGAUGAUGAUGAUGAUGAUGAAAGAGCUUCAAGGGAAUUAACGAUAUAACAUCAUGAGCAGUCACUCUGCUAAAGAUAUAAGGCUGAUUGCUCAUGAUGCUAUACACCAUAUUAUAUUAUUCUUCUUCACUAGAUAUCUUUGAUUUUGUGCUGGUGCUUUGAAUUUGGAUCAAGUACCCUCAUCAGAUUAAAAACCUACUCUUCCCUCUCUGAUUUUUAAGCUUUAAUCUACUACCCCCUUCUCUCUUGGUUUCUUUUAAUUAGCUGCUGCUACAAUGCUGUUCAUGUAUAUGCAGUUUUAAUUUAGUAAUGACUAGUCAAUUUCAAUUUAAUGCUGCUUAAUUACAUAUUUUAAUUUCAAUA